CGCGCACACAUGAUUGUUGUGGGUUUCAGUGAACAGCAAUAAUUGAAAAUAUUCUCUCUAUACAAGUUUCUUAUUCUGUGCGUAUGACACGUGGUACAAGCAAGCAAGCUUGGCUGACUGAGCCUAGCCAGCUGUACAGAGCAGGAAGCAACGGCUACUGCUCGCUGUGCCUUCCCGCUGCCCGCAGUGGUUGUUUCUUCCGCCCGUCUCCUCUCCUUGACGUUUAUCAGUUGCUUCGAGCGCAGCAAGCUUAGAAUUGCUGGGUAGCUUUCCUCCUUCCAGCACUGGUCCUGGAGGAUCCCUUGGUAGGCUUUACGACGAGAUACAUUUGAGGACACAGAAAUCCCAUUUCUCGGGAGCGUUCUUCUAGAUGCCUGCGUGCAUGCACCUUGACUUGAAAGUCUUCCAUCACACUACUGGAUUGCCUCGAACGACGGCUCUUCCUCCUAGUACCGGUGCCGGUACUGGUACUGGUACUGCUACUGGUAUGACUGCUAGAUGAAGAGGACGUUGUACUGUCGGACGAACUGCUGGUGCGUGGUCGAUUGGGACGGAGCGAGCUGGUGGUGGGGCUGACGGCAACGGCGAUCUUGUUUUCACGGCACAUGUUGCUUGCUUGGCUGGUUGGCUAUUACGGGCUAGUAGUGAUCGGAAGGAGCGGUUGUAUUAUUGCUGUUUGCAAUGUCUCUGUUUGCAUUUUAUGAAACUUCGAUUGAUUCCAAGAGGGAUAUUCCAUACCGGUACUGAUGUGGUCUAUGCUAGCUAGCAUUCUUUCGUCCUGUUUUGUCAACUCCGACGAGAAGCCCAGCCAAUGGUGUCCGUAGAGACAAAAGAGUUCAUCCUUUUGCUGAAUUUUGUGAGUAUCGAGACGACUCGACUCCCAUUUUUGAAUAGAGUACUGGCCAUCAAGUUGUCUGGCUAGAUAUCUAGUAGUAUUUCAAGACUGUAGACAACUACAAAAGUUGCACUGAUGACAGCAAGUCAAGUGAAUUGUCGAAGCGGACGCCAAAAAAGAAGAGCAUGAAGAAAAUUGAAGACAAAAAUGUGGCUGACUUUGGCACGACGUGCUACCAGUAGCGUGAGAUGUACAAGUAUUGUGAAUGAUCAAUCGAAUCUUCAAACAUUCGUUCUCGCACUAAAAAAACGUGAAAGUAAGAAUAUGUCUCUUCCAUGUCACAGGACUAAAUCUCGAAUUAACGAGCAGAGAACUAUUGAUUUAUCGACGUAAACGAUCUUUAUAUCAUUGAGUGUCGUAAGACGUCCUAUAAUUCAAUAAUGCCUUUUGCUGGAGAAAACCGAGCCACCCACACCCCCACACCUCACAAAUCAGCUUUUGCUCUUUUGAUGUUGACCGUUGACCAUGGCGAACGAAGAUCGAAAUGACGACAUGAGCCGCCGCCGCGUAGCGAUUCUCGGCGCAGGUCCUUCUGGACUCUCGUCUCUGCACUCUUUCUACACGGCUGCUUCUACUACUAGUAGUAGUAGUACUGUCAUUCCCGAGAUCAUUUGCUACGAGAAGCAGGCAGAAUGGGGAGGCUUGUGGAAUUACAGCUGGAGAACUGGGCUAGAUGAGACGGGAGAACCAGUACACGCUAGUAUGUACAGAAAUCUAUGGAGUAACUCUCCUAAAGAGUGCAUCGAAUAUCCCGACUAUCCAUUUGAAACACACUUUAACAAGCCCAUUGGAUCUUAUCCCCCACGCGCCGUCAUUGCCGACUACCUCAAGGGACGAGUUACCCAUAUUCCCAAACGAUGGGUCAAGUUCCGCCAUGUCGUCCGCAGAGUCACCUACCACGAAGACAUUCAAAAGUUUGACAUUGUGGUACAGGAUCUUGCCAACAACGUACAAGUCAAUGAUCACGUAGACCAUGUCAUUGUGGCCACGGGACACUUCUCCACACCCAACAUGCCAUACUUUCAAGGAAUGGACACUUUUGAUGGAAAAGGACGCAUCUUGCACUCCCACGACUUUAGAAAUGCGGCUGACUUCAAGGACCUACAUGUACUUAUUGUGGGAGCUAGCUACUCGGCAGAAGAUAUUGGAUCACAAUGCUACAAGUAUGGAGCCAAGUCCGUCACGGCGUCUUAUCGGACAAGACCAAUGGGUUUCAAGUGGCCCAAAAACUGGGAAACCAAACCACUCGUAACCAAGGUGCAGGGAACUACCGUACACUUCAAAGAUGCAUCGUCCAAAGACGUUGAUGCCAUUAUUCUCUGCACCGGAUACCAACAUUCCUUUCCAUUCCUAGAUGAACCCAUCAAACUACAAGGUGAAAACAAAAUAUGGCUCCCACAACUAUAUCAAGGAGUGGCAUUCGAAAACAAUCCACGGAUACACUACCUUGGAAUGCACCAGCAGUAUUUCAGCCUCACUUUAUUUGACGCACAGGCAUGGUGGAGUCGGGAUGUCAUUCUAGGCAAAAUACAAAUACCAAAUACCAUUCAAGAACGAAAAGAACACUCUGCAAAGUGGACACAACGACAUGACACACUCAUCACCGACAAGGACAAGGUUUGGUUCCAAGGAGACUAUAUCAAAUCACUCAUUCAACAAACUGACUAUCCUGACCUUGAUGUUGAAGCCGUCAAUAAAAUAUUUGUCGAAUGGGAACAUCACAAGCACCAAGAUAUCAUGGGGUACCGAAACAACGCAUACAGAUCUGUUGUCACAAACACACUCUCACCCCACUUCACCACUCCAUGGAUCAAGGCAAUGGAUGAUUCCAUGCCAUACUUUUUGAGUCAUUGCAAACAAGCAAACACCACCACCAACGACGACGACGACAGCAAUCAUCGCCAAGAUGCAGACACUGCUGACUAUCGUGGUGCUGACGCCAGGCCUGCUAGGUCCACUAGUCCUAUGCCUUUUGCCAGGCACCUCAACAUUCUCAACAAGAAACCACAAAAGUCCCCUCGACAAGUAAGUCACUAGGCUACAGUACUAGUAGAAACCAGCUCGCUAGCCACCAAAUCUAUCAGAGGGACGAUUUUCCUCUUUUUUUCAGUCUAGUCUGUAGCAAAGUUGGGCAAUUUGCUAGCCA